GUUGAAAAGAAAAACCGGAAGUUGUUCUUCCCCCUGCUGCCUCGGGGGUGUGGUAAUGAUGUACACAAAUGUUUAGAGCUCGCUAGUGGACAGUUGUAUCCUGAUUGUACCCUACAAGUACUUGUCCGUGUACUUGUAAACAUUGUGGUUAGAAUUAGGAUGGAGGCGAGCACAGAGGACCAGGAGCCCUGGUACUUAGCCCUGCUGGGCUUUGCAGAACAUUUCCGCACGUCGAGCCCACCAAAGAUACGUCUGUGCGUCCACUGCCUGCAGGCGGUGUUUCAGUUCAAGCCACCACCCAGAGUCGAGGCCCGGACUCACCUGCAGCUGGGCUCGGUCCUCUACAGACACACAAAGAAUAGCGAGCUGGCCCAGACUCACCUGGAAAAAGCGUGGUUCACAUCACAGGAAAUUCCUCAGUUUGAAGAUGUGACAUUUGAAGCAGGGAGCAUCCUCUCAGAGUUUUACUGCCAGCAGAUGUUGGUAGACUCAGCGAAGCCAGUGCUGAGGAAAGCCAUCCAGACUUCUCAGCAAACUCCCUACUGGCACUGCAGGCUACUUUUUCAACUUGCACAACUCCAUGCUCUGGAGAAGGACUUGGUAUCUGCUUGUGAUCUCCUUGGAGUUGGGGCUGAGUAUGCAAGAGUGAUGGGCUCAGAAUACACAAGAGCUUUAUUUUUACUCAGUAAAGGAAUGCUGCUUCUGAUGGAGCGGAAGCUGAGCGAGGUUCACCCUCUGCUGACACUUUGCGGGACCAUAGUAGAAAACUGGCAGGGAAACCCGAUCCAGAAGGAGUCGCUGAGGGUGUUUUUCCUUGUGCUGCAGGUUACACACUACCUGGAUGCUGGACAGGUAAAGAGUGUGAAGCCGUGUCUGAAGCAGCUCCAGCAGUGUAUCCAGACCAUCUCCACUCUUAAUGACGAUGAGAUCCUUCCCACUAAUCCAGCCGAUCUCUUCCACUGGUUGCCCAAAGAGCACAUGUGUGUGCUUGUGUACUUGGUGACAGUGAUGCACUCCAUGCAGGCAGGCUACUUGGAGAAGGCACAGAAGUACACAGACAAAGCUCUCAUGCAGCUAGAAAAGCUGAAGAUGCUGGACAGCAAUCCCAUCCUGUCCACCUUUCAAGUCAUUCUGCUGGAGCAUAUCAUCAUGUGCCGCCUUGUCACUGGACACAAGGCCACAGCUUUACAAGAGAUUUCUCAGGUUUGUCAGCUUUGCCAGCAGUCUCCACGGCUGUUUACAAAUCAUGCUGCUCAGCUUCACACACUACUGGGCCUCUACUGCAUCUCAGUGAACUGUAUGGACAAUGCUGAGGCUCAGUUCACUGCUGCUCUACAGCUGACCUCCCACCAGGAGCUGUGGACAUUUAUAGUGACAAACCUGGCCAGUGUGUACAUCCGGGAAGGCAACAGAUAUCAAGAGCUGUACAGCCUUCUGGAAAGGAUUAAUCCUGAUCAAAACUUCCCUGUGAGCUCUCAUUGUCUUCGAGCUGCAGCGUUUUACAUCAGAGGACUCCUCUCUUUCUUCCAGGGACGGUACAACGAGGCCAAGAGGUUUCUACGGGAGACUCUGAAGAUGUCUAAUGCUGAGGAUCUAAACAGGCUGACUGCCUGCUCACUGGUACUGCUGGGCCACAUCUUCUUUGUCCUGGGGAACCACAGGGAAAGUAACAACAUGGUGGUUCCUGCCAUGCAGCUGGCCAGCAAGAUACCCGACAUGUCUGUGCAGCUGUGGUCCUCUGCACUCCUCAAAGAUCUGAACAAGGCUUGUGGAAACACCAUGGAGGCCCAUGAGGCAGCUCAGAUGCACCAAAACUUUUCCCAGCAGCUUCUACAGGACCACAUCGCAGCCUGCAGCCUCCCUGAACACAACCUCAUCAGUUGGACAGAUGGCGUUCCUCCAGUGCAGUUUCAGCCUCAAAAUGGACCUACUACCAGCCUGGCCAGUCUGCUAUGAGGACACAACCCCUCUGUGGUGGAGAACAAUGAGACACAGGAGAACAAUUGCUGAGGAAAUGACAAAAGAAGAUGCAGCUUAUUUUGGGGUAGGAUGAAGACAAGGCAGGACAACAAACCAGGAGCUGCUGCUGCUGCUGCAGUGAGUCAUCUGGCAGGUUUCCACUUGGUGCAUUCUCUCACUGGGGAUUGUGACUAGAUUUUAAGCACAUUUUCUAAAAAAGCAUAACAAGUCAAGGGCACACUUUGUAUUCCACUGACACACUCUGGAGGUAAUGUAAUGCUGUGUUCUACCUGCUCAAAAACAAAUCAGAGUAAAACUGAGACAUCUUGGGGAAUACACUAUCUACUUUGCUGCUAAGAGUUAUAUAAGAUGACUAUCAUCUUAUAUAUCACUUUCUGUCUGCAAGGUAAAUAUGAAACUACAGCCAGUUAGCUAGCUUAGCACAAAGACUGGAGGCAGAGGGAGAGCCUAGGAGGUGCUGGUUUACAAAUAUUGUUUGGUGUUGAUAGAGUAAGCAGCCUACAGUGUUGAAAAAUGAAGCAAACGCCAAAGUGCAGCAAACAGCAGUUCCUUGAGUCUCCACUUGAGGCUGGUUUAAAAAGCCAACAAUACCUGAUGGAGCCGAUAUUCAAAUAUCAAUUUUUGUACAGCAGAAUUAAACAUAAUUGGUCUCUUUAUCUAA